CUCUUUUCCGUAACCAAUGAAGCGAGAGUUACAGGAGAAGAUGAUCGUUCUCGUUUUACUAGCACGUCUUUAAGAUUUCGCAGGUGUGGUGUAUUCCAGUGUAUUUCAAGUGUACUCGACGUGGUCAUGUUCGAUCGAAUAUGACUCGUCAGUGCUAUAAACAAACGGUCGACUGUUAUCGGGAUGUUCACUAAUUCGAUCAUCCAUCCGGAUGACGAAUCAAUAUAGAUUUCUAAUCGUAAAAAGAUAUUACUAUAUUUAAAUUGUUCCGUACUGGAAAAUUUUGGAAUGUUGUGGGUUCCGUUUGUUCAUAGUGAGUCAAAAACAGACACAAAGUGCGGUACUUUCAAAGACCAUCCUACAAUAAGAGGAUUAUCCUUCUGUUAAUUUUAGGGGCACAGAAUAUUUUUGUAAAAAUUGAACAAGGAUGCCUGCGCCGCCUCCUCCUCCGCCUCCUGUUUUCAACGCAUCCAGUUCGGGUGCAGGAGAACAAGACAGGAGUUUACUUCUUCAAUCGAUUAGAGCUGGGAAGGCUUUAAAGAAAACUGUAACUGUAGAUAAGAGCGCGCCUGUAGUUAGUGGUAGAGUAAAAGGUGAACCAGGAAAUUCUUCCUCGAAUAACAGGGAAAAUAACAAUUCUAGUGCAAUAGCUGGUGGUAUUAAUACAAGUAAUGGAGGACCCAUAGGACUAGGCGGUUUAUUUUCUAGUGGCAUGCCUAAAUUAAAGCCCACAGGGCUCAGGGCAUCCUCGGGUGAGAAGGACACUAGUAAUGUAAAUAAUACAAAUUUCGGUCAAACGACCACUUCCAGUGUAAAACGAGGUCCUCCUCCGGUUCCACCUCCUGCCACACAAAAGCCACAAAUGUUUGCUCAGAAAACCAGCUCGUUGCCAGGACAGAGUACCACAGAUUCUGGCAGCUCCAAUUCAGAAGCACCUAAAGGAUUUGGGAAACCAACUGUUGCGCCCAAACCACCUCCAACUUCAUCGGCUACAUUGCACAAACCAUCUCCACCUCCCAAAAAGUUGAAUUUAACCAGCGGAGGAAGCGUAUCAAGAGCACAAAGUAUGCGACUACCCAGAUCACCUCCUGUGCUUGCUCCAACUCCGCCAUCCCUCCACCAGUCCCAGGAUUACUUGAACGAGAGCCAACCAAGGCCGACGAAUCGAAUUCUUAGACCUCCGGUUGCCAAACCACCCUCCCCACCUACUUCUAGAGCGAAUAAUUCAACCACCACAGCAACCAGGGUUGCGCCUCCGCCACCUUCUAGGGUGACGGUCAGCGCGCCCUGUAUACCGCCUCCACCCCCUCCGCUUCCCCAUCGUCCUGCUCCUACCCAUCAGAGACUGGCCCCGCCACCUCCACCCCCGCCAACACCCCCUACGAGAAGUUCUUCCAUGCGCAACGGGCAAAGCAUGAGUACUCUGGACAUAGAGGUACGAUUUGCGGACAUGUUUCAUUCUAUUGCGAGUUUUCCACCGCCAGAGGCGUUUAAAGGAUUCACAAAAGUCUACAGCAGCAGAAACGCGGCCAAACAGCAAGCUCCUGCGCCACCUAUGCAAAUGUCUUCUUUAUCCAAUACAAUGGUACCAUUAAACACAUCGUCAGGGGGUUAAUUGUGGCAGCACAACUUCUUUGGCACAUUAAACGUUUCAAGUAAUUUGUUUUAUUUAUAUAUGUUAGUUUUAAUGAUUUUUCAAAACAUUAUUACAACGAAAGGAUUAGACGAAUGAAAGAUGCAUAUAUAAAACCAGACGAAAGUAAAACUAUUACUAUAUGACUAUUAUAAAGCGUUGAUCUUAAUUUCAUAAUUUAUUAACUCUACGUUUCAUGUGAAUAUAAAAACACUGUUAAUUGUUAUGGCAUAAAGACUGUGUUAAAUUAGAACACGUUGGUUUAUAAAACCAUGAGUGUUUAAAUUAAAUAAUCAUACGAUCAGACUAGAGUGGUAUAAUUUUUCAACGACAACAGAGAGGUACAGUUUUAAAAAUAUCUAAACGGUUGAUCGUGUAGAUAUUUAUCAGUGUAAUCUAUUCUAAAGGUUUUAUAAAUGAAAACAAACUGUUACAUAAUUUUAUUUAUAA